UACAAACAAAAUGGUACUACGACACUGUUCUGUCAAAUUACUGGUAGCAGUGUGUGAUUACCAGCGAUGCAUGAUGCGUUUUAUGUGACAAGCAUGCAACGCGUCCAGUAUCAGAUACAUUGGUAGGAAAUACAUGUGCUGAAUCGAAGUGUCAUUGUUCCUUCAUUUUUAAGAUUCAGCAUCCAAUCAAACAUGGCUGAGGCAAACGGAGAUCAGAUCCCUGAAGAGCAGCAGAUGGAUGAGGAGGUUCAAGGUGAGACUCAGGCUACAGAUGAACCCAUGGAGACAGAGACCCAUGUCAGAACGGACAACUUUGACAAGUAUCUUGGCAUGGGCUUCUCGGAGAAAGUAGCAGAAAAGCUGGACCAAAUAGUCACCAUGGUCACAGACCUCACAAGCCAGAGUGAAGUACAAGAGGAGUUGUUAGAUGACCGAGCUCUGGAAGCUCUGAAAGGACUUGAUGACGAGAGUUCCAUCGCAGUCCUCAAGCAGUUCAGUACCAGUGACCUCACACAUGUCAACAACAAGAGCGCAUUCAUCUGUGGUGUCAUCAAGACAUUUAGACAGAAGAGCCAAAGACCGGGUGGUGCACCAGCGCCUGAUGAGCACAAAGGACCUGACGAAGCUAAGAUAAAGGAAAUGUUGGAGAGGACAGGUUACUCGCUAGAUGUUACCACAGGACAGAGGAAAUAUGGUGGGCCACCCCCUAACUGGGAAGGGGAUGCACCUGGUGCUGGAUGUGAGGUGUUCAUUGGCAAAAUCCCCAAGGAUACUUUUGAAGAUGUCUUGGUCCCCCUCAUUGAGAAGUGCGGUAGGAUUUACGAUUUCAGGUUGAUGAUGGAUCCUAUGUCUGGUCUGAACAGAGGGUACGCAUUUGCCACAUUCUGCACCCAGGAGGGGGCGAAGGAGUGCGUGAAGCAGCUGGAUGGAGGAAGCUUAGGAACGAGCUGUAACAUCUCAAUUCCUAAGAGGCGGCUGUUCGUUGGUUCAGUCCCCAAGAACAAGACGAAGCAAGAAAUCAAAGAAGAAUUUGAGAAGGUGACCGCUGGAUUGGUGGAUGUCAUCAUCUACCAUGGGGAAGACAAAACAAAAAACCGUGGCUUUGCUUUCCUUGAGUAUGACAGCCAUCGCUCAGCAAGCCUUGCUCGCCGUCAGUUGAUGAGUGGCAAGGUCCGUGUCUGGAACAACCUCACAGUCACAGUGGACUGGGCAGACCCUGUCUCAGAACCAGAUGAAGAAACCAUGUCCAAGGUGAAAGUGGCUUAUGUCCGCAACUUGGCUCCUGAAGCCACAGAAGAAGUCAUCCAGGAACACUUUAAACAGUACGGUGAAAUUGAGAAGGUCAAGAAGAUGAAGGACUAUUGUUUCAUACACUUCACUGAGAGGGAAUAUGCCUUGAAGGCUAUUGAAGAGACGAAUGGGACAACAUUCCAUGGACUAGAGAUUGAAGCCUCGCUUGCCAAACCACGCCAAGAGAAUAUAAAGAAAAAACAACGACAAAUGAAACAACAGCAGGGCUACCAAGGAGGAAGGUACUAUGAUGACUUCUAUGGUCCAAUGCGUGGUGGUCGUGGGCGUGGUGGCCUUCGUGGACGAGGUGGUUUUGACCGUGGUGAGAGAGGAUACCGUGACUUUGGUUACGGUGGUGGUUAUGACGAGGGCUACUAUGGUGGCUACCCUGGUGGCUAUGAUGAUCCUUUCAACUAUGAAGGCUACUAUGGCAGUGGGUAUGAUGGCUUUGGUUAUGGUGGGCGUGGGCAAGGCAUGGGACCACGUGGGCGUGGUGGUCCACGAGGUGGGCGUGGUGGCAUGGGAGGACCGCGUGGAGGACCUGCCAUUCGGGCUGGACCCCGUGGUGGCCGAGCUCGAGGGGGUCAACAGCAACAGCGAGGUGGACGUGGCGGCAGCGGCAACCGUGGUGGGCGUGGUGGAAAUCGAGGCGGCAAUGUGAGUGGCAAGAGGAAGUUUGAGGGGCAGCAACCUGGUGACACUAAGCGACGCAACACCCAGGGCGGCUGGGGUGUCCAACCCAUUGCUCAGCAACCUCUCGGGGAAUACUCGGCAUCCUAUGACUACAACCAGAGUUACGGCGACCAGUCCUGGUCACAAGAUAACUACGGGUCCGGCUUCUAGACAUGACCCUUCCAUGCCUGACCCCUUCCAUUUGGUGGAAAUAAUUGCCAUUCUGUCUCCAUCUGGAGGUUAAUCAAGCCAAGGUGAAUACAGAAUCAUCUUGCGUCACUAUUGUGGCUUCCCUCAAUAUCAUUUAUCCAUUACCCCAUUCCCACCAAAAAGGAAACAAAAAUCUCUUGUAUAUAGACCUUUCCAAAUGUCAUUUGGAAUUCUAAGUUACCACUUGAAUCACCGAACUAUGACAAGUUGGAAAUACAUAACUGUUUAAAGCCAUGUUUAGCCUACCAUGACCUGCACACCUACGUAGUUUUUUGGUUGUCGAUAUUGAAGCUAUUGUGAGACGGUUUUAAUCAUUUACAUGGAAGAAAAUGUUUUUUAGCUUUAGAUCUAAAUAAUCGUGCUCUUUUUAUAUUUUAAAAUGAAAGUCGUGUGGCACAGCUAAAAUUACUAAAAAAAUUGUUUCUGUAGAUGUUGUAGAUUGUUCAUUCUCAUAAAUGUUUCAUCAUCAAGUAUGUUGACAAUUUUGUUCUGGUUUUGAAAAAGGCUUGAUUUCAAGUGGGAACAAGAAGAAAAUAAAAGCACUUCAAAACUAAGUUGCAGAAUUCCAAAUAGAAGAAAUAAACCGAAACACAUGCAAAUUGUCUUAUUCAUUUGCUGGUCACCACGUUGGAAAGUAAAGACGUACCCGUGUGGUCAUAGUACUCUCUCCCAUUCCCCCUUGUAAUUCAAAAGAACUUUUACUCCCUUCGUUUGGUGGUAAGUAUGAUAGUCUCAAUUUUGUUUAGUAACCCAGAAGUGGUAAGUAUGUUUGAAACUGGGAAAUGCUUACUUUCUUAAUUUGAUGGCACAUUUGUCAGAGUCGGUUGAUUUUUGAUUUAAUUUCAUCAUGCAUUGUGACAAAAAAUAAAAGAAACCGUGUUCAAGUGAAACUCAUUAA